CAUUCCAUCGUUUUCACUUUCUCCGUUCCCCAAACUCUCCUUUCCUUCAGCUUUUCUUCUUCUCCAAAUUUCAAUUGACCAUGUUCGUCUGCCUAUCGCCAUUCCUGCGUGCACAACCUCACCCAAUUUGAUCUCCAAUUAUCGUCCACGGUAGCUCAGCUCGUUUACUGACUGCUGGCAUCUUUCUGCAAAACAUAUGAUGGAAGACAACUCGAAACAAAGUAUAACUGAGGUGGAGGAGAUUCAGUUGUAUACCAACUGGGAAGAUAUCUCCUGUCCGAUAUGCUUAAACUUUCCCCACAAUGCUGUUCUCCUCCAAUGCUCGUCAUUUGAAAAGGGAUGCCGAUCUUUUGUUUGUGAUACAGACCAUCUGCUUUCCAAUUGUCUGGACCGUUUCAAACAGGCAAAUCAGGUGUCCUCUGGUUCUCAAUCACCGAGUUCUGCUGAAAAUCUGCAAUUUCUGGAUCCGGGAUCUGAUAGCAAGCCGCAGUGCCCCUUGUGCAGAGGUGAAGUAACUGGAUGGAUUGUUGUGGAAAAGGCUCGUAUGCAUUUGGAUAAGAAGAUUCGAUGUUGUGAAGAGGAAAAAUGUGCGUUCACAGGCACCUUUUUGGAGCUUCAAACUCAUGCGCUCGCAGAACACCCUCAUUCUUGCCCCUCAAGAAUCGAUCCAGCACGUCAGCUUGACUGGGAUAACUUCCAGCAGUCUUCUCAAAUCAUAGAUGUUUUAAGCACUAUCCAUUCGGAGGUUCCACGUGGGGUGGUUCUGGGGGAUUAUGUGAUCGAAUAUGGGGAUGAUAACUCUGGGGAUGAAUUCGAUGAUUUCCCGGGGGAUGAGGGAAACUGGUGGACAUCCUGUAUACUAUAUCAGGUGUUUGAUAACUUUAGGACUUCAAGAAACCGAAGACGGUCAAGAGUGAGCGAUUCGGGAAGAGGAAACAACCGGUUGAGUUUUGAUACUUCAAACUCCGAUGAGGGUUCUGUAUCAUCUGUGGAGUAUGCGGAUUAUAGGGUUGAUGAGGCUGAUGAUGAGUUUGUGAAUGCAAGGUCACUGCCUCGGGGAAGAGCUGCUCGACAGAGCUCUCAUUGGCGGCGCUCGCGCUUUUAUGACAACUAGAUUAGCAGCCGCCGUCGUAGCUGUCGUAUAAGUAGAAAGAGGGAAACUCCUUGAAAACACAAUUCAUCAGGUUGCCCUUUCCUCUUCAGUACUUUCUACAUAAAUUCCUAUGUGACUCUCUUAUCUUAUCUUUAUCAGUAGUUAUUUCUUUCAGAAUUAAA